UAGUCCGAUUCUCUGUAGUAUUACUCUCCACUCUCUGUGACUCUUCCUUGGGAAACGCUUUUGAUUUACUCACCGAUUUGGUGCUUCAAGUAUCUCUGUUGGUUGAUUCAUAUUUUUUCUUCGAUCGGAACCGCUUCUCGCCGAUCACGCAUCUUCCCUGAUUUUGGAGUCAUUUGGUUUUGAUUUGUCUGGGUGGGAUGAAGAUCGAGCAAUUGGACGAUGUGGAUUCGGAUGGCUGUCGGAGCAAAGGGAAUUACGAGAGGCAGAUUGUGAGUGUUGAUGCAAAGAGGGCGUUGGUUGGAGCAGGUGCCCGGAUCUUGUUUUACCCGACACUUUUGUAUAAUGUGCUUCGAAACAAGAUUGAAGCAGAGUUCCGGUGGUGGGAUGAAGUCGAUGAGUUUCUAUUAUUGGGAGCGGUUCCAUUCCCCAAAGACGUUCCCCGCUUGAAGAAGCUUGGUGUGGGUGCUGUAAUUACUCUAAACGAACCUUAUGAAACCUUGGUUCCUUCAUCUUUAUAUCUUGCACAUGGGAUCGAUCAUUUGGUUAUCCCUACAAGGGAUUAUCUCUUUGCCCCUUCAUUUGUUGAUAUAUCUCGAGCUGUGCAAUUCAUUCAUCAGAAUGCAACAUGCGGCAAGACUACUUAUGUUCACUGUAAAGCUGGGCGGGGCAGGAGUACAACAAUUGUCCUAUGCUAUUUGAUUGAAUACAAGCUUAUGACACCUCUUGCUGCCCUGGAAUAUGUACGGUCAAGAAGACCUAGAGUUCUAUUAGCACCCUCACAGUGGAAGGCUGUUCAGAAUUAUAGCAAGCGCAGACCUUGUCCUAGGCCACACUCUCCCCCAGGUGAUGCAGUUCUUAUAACCAAAGCUGAUCUUGAGGGUUACCACAAUACAUUCGAUGCUCGUAUGGAGCUGGCCAUUGUUCCCAAAGGGCCAAAGACAAAGUCUAAGCCCAUGAUAUCGAAGCUAUCUUGCCUGUUUGCAUCAUUAAAAGUUUCUGGUUAUGGCAUACCAGUGACCCGGCGGCUGCCUGUGUCUGAGGCACGUGCUUGCUAAGCUAGCUUGUCAUGAAUAUACAUAUACAGAUGGUGGCCUGUGCAGAAGAAGAUCAUGGAAAUAAGUGAUAUUUGAUCACACGCAUCCCACCAAGUCGGAACACAACUGUGACAUGAAAAGAGGUCGUAUAGGAAGAAAGAUAGGAGUUCUGGAGAAACGACUUGUAGUUCUGCUUGUACAUAGAUCAGUGAUCGCAUUUUGUCAUAAGUUAUUCUGUUUUGUUCAGUGAAUGUAUCUGUUACAUGUUUGUCAAUCCAAGUGAAAUCCUUGUGACAUUAAUGUGCAAUUGGGACAAUUUCUCAUGUCCUGGUCUAACUAUAGAAUUUUAUACCUUGGCAGAAGAUCUCUGCCCAUACUUGCUGGUCAAGUAUGGAAGUCAAGAUAUUCAAGAAUAUAAUUUGAGGAGAGUAACCACGAGCCUUCAUCAGCUUUCAUAAUGUGACAGCAGACUUAGGAUGAAAGCAAGAGCAUACAAGAAACUGUGUUCCCCCUGAAGCAGUAUGGUGACAUCUUGAUGCGGAUGGCUUGGUGAACUAAAGAGGUGAAGCUACUUGUGGAGGCAUGUUCUGAGAUGAAGAUAGAUGGUGGACAAGUGGUUUCAUGAGGAAACUGUGAUGUUUACCCUAUACUUCAGCCAAAAUGAUAGAAGAUCUGCAGAGCCUGAGGAUUCCUCGGACACAAGGUUAUAAGAAAGUUAUGUUUGUAGGUAUUCAAUCAAGGCUUUUGAAUUAAUCAAGAAGGAACAAGCUGAAGAAAAACCUCGGUUGAUAAAUCUCAUCGAUGAGGAAAGAGAUUAAUCAUGCCUGACUAAACUGUGACUUAGAAGCAAUAUAUUUAGAGUGACUAGAGCGUUAGCUAUGAGCAUAGAAGAAGCUCAUGUUCGUGUUGAUUGGUUGGUGGAACGGGCCUAUACUUUGUAAACCAUGUUUUGAGAGUGGGAUUUUGAUGUGCUUUUUUU